AUGGAAUAAUAACAUAAAGGUAGGAAGUUAAGCAUUUAUUAUGAGUAAUUACCGAACCUGGAGAAACAAAUACAAGUAGUCAGCAGUUUUUUAGUACAAAUACAUUGUUUUUAAACACGGUUGGAUUGAGUACAAAUAUCUCAUCGAGUACAUUGAGACAUACAGCUGCCCAGAUAUCAUUUCCAAAGGCAAAUAGAUUUCAUACUUAAUCUUAAUUUUAAUUACCUACAAAAUUGGAAUUACCAUCAUAAUUAGGAAAAAGGUUGUAAAUAUAAAAUAGAUGAAUAUUGUAUUUAGAUAUACACAAUAAGGAUUUGGUAAUAAGAAGGUAUUUCAAUAUGAAUGGUAAAAAGUGAAUGCAAAAGAAUUUCCAAGUCCUGAUAGAUAUUAAGUGAGAUAAGAACCUGGAAUAGAUUAAUUAAAGAGAUCAUUCGGAUUGUCUUGGGAAGCAUAUUCAAAAACAUAUUUACCAUAUAAUAAACAUUAAGCUCCAGAAGUAGCUAAAUUUUUACCAGGUAUAUUUUAUAUUAAUUUAAGGUCCUGGGGAAUACAAUGUAAGAUAAGAUCUUGGAUAACAUAGAUAUUAAUUUUAAUUAAAGGGUAAGGGUAAAAUGUUUAAUGAUCAAAGAGAGAAUGGUGUUCCUGGACCGGAAACAUAUUAACCUUAAAUAUCAUUGACUGUUCCUAAUAGAUUUUCAGUAAUACUUUUUUUAUAAUCAAAAUAAGAAAAUCUCUUAAGGAAUUGGAGAAAAAAAGAAUCCAUUUAAAUCUCUAAGUUUUACACCUGGACCAGGAAGAUAUGAAUAAAAUUCAGCAUUUGAUAAAGCUACAAAAAAAAGAGAAUUCAUUACAAAACCAGGAGAAAAAAGACCAUUCAUAUGAAUUUUAUUUACAACAAAAAAAAC